CUCUCUCUCUCUCUCUCUCUCUCUCUUUCUAGGCCUAUUAUGGUGGUGAGGCUCAUUGUGCUGAAGCAGUUGGUUCUGAUGAUUAUGAUCCCACUGAGCUUGUCUGUCCAUCCUGCUCUAAUACUGGAGGACAACUACAGGUCUGUCCAAAGCAUGGUACUGAUUUCCUGGAUUACAAGUGUCGUUAUUGUUGCUCUGUUGCUGUCUAUUUCUGUUUUGGUACGACACAUUUCUGCAAUCCUUGUCACGAUGAUUUCCAGCGUGUAACCCCCAUUGCUAAAUCAGACCUGCCUCAGUGUCCAGUGGGUCCCAGGGCUAAGCCUUUGUCUGGUUCCGAGUGUCCGUUGCAUGUUAAGCACCCUCCCACUGGAGAGGAGUUUGAAGCAGGAUGUCAUUGCACCAGUUACUAUAAAAAGCAGUAGACCUAGUCUAUGCUUCAUCACUACUUGCACUGUGCACUGAAUCAUGACUCGGCUAGCUCUGCUUGUCCUUUUGCUUGCAACUGUUAACUGCAGUCCAACUUCUAAACGCAACUGGAGUGGUCCUGGGCCAGAUAAAAAUGAUGAUCAUUCAUUAGCAGUCAAGCCAGAAGACAAGGAAGAAAGUAAUUUAGACCUUGGGAAGCCAGAAGACAAAGAAGAAAGUAAUUUAGACCUUGGUGAAGAAUAUACUGAAGAAAAAAAGGAUGACCUGGAUGAGGACAAGAAGGAUGAAUUAGAUCUAGAAGAUGAUAAUCAUGACAAGAACACAGACAACAAAGCAGACAGUAACAAAGAUGAAGAUGGUGAAAAGGAUAACUUUAAAGCUGAGAUAGCAGAAUUGACAAAGGAAGUUACACAGGUGUCAUAUAAUUUAAGUGGGGAGUAUGGCAGUGGCAAAGAUGUUAUAGAGGGAGACAUCAAAAUAACUCCAGAGCAGGCUGCAAUAUUCAAGCGUGGUGGGUGGGAUGAAUUAGUCAAUUCAGAAGCAUGGCUUUUUAACCAUGGCAAAUGGUCAAGGAAUAUCCCAUACACAAUUAAUCGAGUUGCUACAAGGGAAGUAAAUGCUUUACAUGCUUCAAUUCGAAUGUUUCAUGAACACACUUGUUUAAGAUUUACUACAAAGCGAAGCUAUAAUCGUGAUUACAUCCGAUUUGUCAGUCAAGGAGGUUGUUGGUCUUAUCUUGGUAAACAACCUCCAGGAAGAUAUGCUAGGCCUCAGCUAGUCUCACUAGCUAGUGGUUGCAAUCUUGCAGUCCCUGCUCAUGAGAUAAUGCAUGCACUUGGACGGUUCCAUGAACAAUCACGAGCUGACAGAGACAGAUAUGUCAGAAUACUAACUGGAAAUAUAAGAAGUGGACGCGAAGGGAAUUUUCGCAGACAAACUACUUCUGACAGUCAAUCUCUACCAUAUGAUUAUCUUUCAUUGAUGCAUUAUGGUAGAUAUGCCUUCAGUAGAAAUGGUCGACCUACAAUUGUACCAAUACCUGAUGCAAGCGUCACCAUUGGCCAGAGAAACAGGGUAUCAAUGUAUGAUAUACAACAUAUCAAUAUUCGAUACUGUCCAGAAAGAGCACUUCGAUUAGUUGGAGGAAGAGGAUCAUAUGAAGGAAGAGUUGAAGUGUACUGGAAUGAACAGUGGGGAACUGUCUGUGAUGAUUCAUUUGAUAGAAAUGAUAGUCGUGUCAUUUGCAAGUACAUGGGUUUCCCUGAUGUUGCUGCAACAUACGGUAGAGCUCGAUUUGGGCGGGGAACAGGUCCAAUAGUAAUGGAUGACCUACGUUGUGCUGGUAAUGAGUACAGUCCUUUUGCAUGUCCUAUGAGGACUAUUGGUACUCAUAACUGUGGCCAUCAUAAAGAUGCUAGUGUAAGAUGCCAGAAAAAUGUUCGUCUUGUUCGUGGUAGAGUUAACAGUAGGGUUGCCUAUGGUCGCUUGGAAGUGUAUGCUGAAGGUCGUUGGGGAACUGUCUGUGAUGAUUUAUUUGAUAUAAAUGAUGCACAUGUUGUCUGCCGUCAACUGGGAUACAGGAGAGCUAGUUGUGUCUAUCCUCGUGCUCGCUAUGGACGUGGUACUCUUCCAAUAUUGAUGGAUAAUGUGCAGUGUACUGGUGGAGAGGCACAGAUCACUCAUUGCCCCAGUACUCCUAUUGGUGAACACAACUGUCGACACAGUGAAGAUGUUAGUGUUCGCUGCGUUAAUUGAAUUGGGCACUAAUAAUAAACAACAAGUGGAUUUAUUAUCAAGAACAAGCUAAUUAGACUUCAUAAUUAUUAAACUGUUCUAGCAAUAGGCUUUAGUUCGUUACGUAGUUGAUUUUGAUAUUUUUAGUGAUCAGUUAUUAUGUCAUGCAGUAAA